UUUUGCGAUAUGGAGUCAUAGGGCCGCGCCGUUCUCCAGCAUCUGUUGUGAUUUCGCUGAAGAAAGCAACUGAGAUCCACGUGACACACUUUUAUAAAGAUGGCGUUUAUUAAAGAGGAGAGUGAAGACGUGAGGAUUGAAGAAACAUUCAGAGUCAAACAAGAAGAUACUGAGGAACAAACAGACCUGGUGGUACUGAAAGAAGAGAGUCAAGAACUGAAUCAAAAGGAAGAUAAAAAUCAGUAUGAGAAACAUCAUGAUUACAUGACUGGAGAAAAAUCUUUAAGUUGCUCACAGACUGAAAAGACUACUCGAAAAAGAGCUCAAAUGACUACAAUUAAAUAUAAUUUCACCUGCCAACAGUGUGGGAAGAGUUUUAAUCAACAUAGAAACCUUAAAGUCCACAUGAGAAUUCACACAGGAGAGAAGCCUUAUAUUUGCCAGCAUUGUGGAAGGAGUUUCACUCAAAAAGGAAGUUUUAAAGUCCACAUGAGAGUUCACACUGGAGAAAGCCCCUUCACCUGCCAACAGUGUGGAAAAAGUUUCAGUCGAAAUGGAAACCUGAAAGUCCAUAUGAGAAUUCACACUAGAGAAAGCCCAUUCACCUGCCAACAGUGUGGAAAAUGUUUCACUCAAAAAGGAAGCCUUAAACGCCACAUGAUAAUUCAUACUGGAGAGACACCUUUCACAUGCCAACAGUGUGGAAAGAGUUUUAAACAGAAAGGAGCCCUUAAUGACCACAGGAAAACUCACACCAGAGAGAAGCCGUUUGUUUGUGGCCAGUGUGGAAAGACUUUCAAAUUUACAGUAGCCCUUAAUAAACAUACGAGGAUUCACUCAAGAGAGAACCGUUUUAUAUGUCAUCAGUGUGGAAGGAGUUUCACAGACAAGAAACAUUUGAAGAAUCAUGUAAAAAUUCACAUUGGAGAGAAGCCUUUCAUGUGCCAUGAGUGUGGAAAAAACUGCGAAAACAAAGGAAACCUUGAGGCUCAUAGAAGAGUUCACACUGGAGAGAAGCCUUUCACCUGCCUUCAGUGUGGAAAGUGUUUCACACUAAAAGGUAACCUUAACAUUCACUUGAGGCUUCACACCGGAGAGAAGCCUUUCACUUGCCUUCAGUGUGGAAAAAGUUUUGCGCUUAAAGGAAAUCUUGAGGUUCACACGAGGCUUCACACUGGGGAGAGACCUUACAAAUGUCUUCAGUGUGAAAAGAGUUUCACAAAUAAUAGAGACCUGAAAGAUCAUUCGCAAACUCAUUCUGGACAAAAAAAUACAAUGUUCUGAGUUUGACCAGAUGUUUACGAAAAGGAGCAAUUUCAAAGAUCACCAGCACAUUCACUCUGGAGGAAGGUUUUUUAAUUGUGAUCAGAGUAACAAAACAUUAUUAUUUAGCCAUCACACUUGCAGAUACAUAUGAAAAGUCAAGUAUUAAAGAGAACCUAUUCUUCUUUUUGUGGAAAGAGAUUUAAAUGGCUCAGCAAUUUCAAAUGGCACCAGAAAAUAUGUAUCUGUGUGAAAUCAAAACUACGUUCACACCACAGGUGAAUGUGGCCCAAAGUUGAUUUUUUUCUGCUUUAAUAUGAUUUUUUUGGUUAGGCUGUUUACAUGGCCAUUUAAUUGUGGGAUUAUACUCGUCUGAACAGGUGACAUUCCUACAAGACUCCAUCCUCUUCAUCACAAGUAAUAAAUAAUUUUAUGUCCAUUCUUCAUCUUUUUAUUCUUUGCCUUGAAGCAAAUUUGCCUAAAAGUUUUGGGCCCCCUUUAGCAGAAAUCCCAGUCCAGGGGCACCUACACUGGACCAACAGGGCACUUUAGCAUUGGCGAACUCUACCCACACCCACCACUGGUCGUCAAAGUAUUUCUGAAAGCAAUGACUGCAU